AUGGGGAAACGCUUGUUCUUGGGUGCGCUGUGUCUGCUUCUGUGCACCGCAGUGGCGCUCGGGCAAGACCUAUACGAGCUUCUAGGCGUCUCGUCAUCCGCUACUGCGUCCCAAAUGAAGCGCGCCUACCGCAAAAUGUCGCUCAAGUACCACCCGGAUAAACAAACGGAGGAGACACGCGAGGCCAUGAAGGAGGAGUUCGUUAAGAUCACCAACGCGUAUCGCGUGCUGUCAGACCCAGAACGUCGUGAAAAAUACGACGUGUAUGGAAUUGCCGAUGACCAGGGCUUCGAGAACUUCGAUGAGGCUGCUCGCUUCGCGGAGGAAGGCGUGGAGGACUCUCUGGCGAACUGGGUGGGCCUCGUGGCCGUGCUGGCUCUCGGCAUCAUUCCCAUCGUUGUGAUGCAGCGCAAUCGUACCAAACCUUUGAAAAAGAGACGCCCUACGAAGCCUAGCAAAAAAUAG